AUGGAGAAAGAUCAGCAAUAUUUAGAAUCAAUUCUUUAUGAUUCAUCACUUCCAGAUGAUGCAACAACUAUCCUUAAAAGGUUGAUAACAGUUACUUUUGAUCAAGCAAAAAGAUUUGAUGAUUUUAUUGUGAAAAAUUCAGAAUAUCAACUCAAAGUCAAUAGUACUUUAUCGACACUAAAACAAAGCGUUCAUGAUUUCGAAUCAAAGAUAAUGUCUGCAGUUGAUUCAAGAAUUUAUAAUAUAACGAAUAAUCAGAAUGAAGUUGUCAAUAAAAAAGUAAAUGCAAUUGAAGAAUUAUCGCGAAAGAAUCGAUCAAUGAUUGUUGAAACAGAACGAUGGGUUACAGAUAGAUUAGAUCUUUUCGAUAAAAAAUUUGAUGACUUAAAUGCAGAUUUACGCACGACAGUUUUCAAUUAUCAGAAAAGGCCAUCAGAAAUACCAUCAACAUACUCAAAAGAGGAAGAUAGACCUCAAAUUGUUGAUGGAACUGUUGAUAUUUCACCUUUAAUCAGAGGAAUUUACCGUGACUCACGCAGAUUAGACAGUUUUGAUGAACUUAUUAGCUCGACACGUAAUGAUUGCAAAGAAAUUGUUGAUUCUGUAAUUUCAAUGCAAGAAAAUUUAGCUCAAUUCAACCAUAAUAUCCACGAUCUUUCUUUAACAGAUGGAAAAAUUAGUAAGCGCAUAACAGAUUCUGUUAAUUUCUUCUUAGACAGUUUUAGUAAUAAUGAUCAACACAUUGUUGAACUAUAUACAUUACUAUCAAGGAUAACUAAUGCAGUACACUCAUCUAUUUCUGUUUCAAUGGAUGCUUUUGAACAUGUUGAAGCAAUUUUAGGACGAUUAUCAUCAAAAAUACUUCCUUCAAUACCAUCUCUAUCAGAGUGUCAAUUAGAACUAUUUGGUCUCAAAGAAGAAGCUGCUGAACGUCGCUCUUUGUAUGAAAGUGACAGAAUUAGAUUCAAAAACAGUCCUGAUGCUCCGAUGCCAUCUCAAGCAUUUAAGGAUGUGAGUGUUAAGAAGCUUCAUAAGAAAGGUGAAAAACCAAACUUUACAAAUACUUUAGGUUUGAAUGAUGAUACAUUGAGAUUUAACAAAAAUAUGUAUGAUGGCAUGACAAUGAUGAUGCUUUUAGAAAAUGUAUCAACAAGUAUUGCUGAAAUGAAACAAAAAAUGCAGAUUUACGAAGAUGAUAUUACUGAAUUACAAGAAACACAAUCAAAUAAUGAAAAAAGAACAGUUGACAUAGAGUAUUCUGAGAGGACAUUUACAAAACUUGAAGAAAUGCUUUCUAAGCUUAACGCAAGAGUGUCAAAUCUAGAGAAACAACCAAAAGUUUCAAUUUCUUCAGCCACUUCCAGAAGCCAAAUGUCAACUUUAUCUAAUGUUUCAACACCAAGAGAACAAUCAAUGGCUGAAACUCAAGUUGUUGGAAUUCAAUUAUCAAAGAAAAGACCUUAUAUGUCAGCACCACAAACAGCAAGAUCAGCACGUUCUAAAUCAUCAGCUUCUCGUGUGAUGGCAGACAGAAUUCCAGAGAAAUUUUAG